AUGGCUCCAAAGGUUCAACAAACCAAAGCUGCUAAGGCUGCUGCCGCUUUAGCCGGUGGUAAGAAAGGUAAGAAGAAGUGGAACAAGGGUAAGGUUAAGGAUAAGGCCCAACACAUCGUCAUCUUAGAUCAAGAAAAAUACGACAGAAUCAUGAAGGAAGUUCCAACUUUCAAGUACGUUUCCGUCUCCGUUUUAGUUGAUAGACUUAAGAUUGGUGGUUCCAUUGCUAGAAUCGCUUUAAGACAAUUGGAAAGUGAAGGUAUCAUCACCCCAGUCUUAAAACACUCUAAGCAAGCCAUUUACACUCGUGCCGAAUAA